GAUACAAUAUUUUUUGGUGAAGCAUCAGAAGGAAACAUCCAAGUUAUCAAAUGCAUUCUGAGGACCUUCGAGUUAGUGUCGGGACUAAAAAUCAACUUCGGAAAAAGUCAGCUGAUGGGGUGGAGGAAGAUUGGAAAAAGAAAAUGGCAUACAAUCUCCACUAUAAAGAAGGUGAGUUGCCUUUCAAGUACCUAGGAAUUCCAAUCGGAGGGAAUCAUAGAAAGUUAGCAAUGUGGCAACCACUGGUGAACUCCUUCAAAAAGAAGCUAACAAGUUGGAAGGGCCAGAAUCUAUUGCUCGGAGGUUGGGUCAUGCUCAUAAAUUCUGUGUUGUCCAGCUUACCUGUAUUCUUGAUGUCAGCCUACCUACUCCCUAAAGAUAUACUCUAUUCCUUAGAUAGAAUUCAUAGAAAUUUUUUAUGGGAAGGGAAGGGGGAAGGGAAAAAAACCAAUUGGGUUAGUUGGGAAAGGGUAUGUAAACCAAAGGAGGAGGGAGGGCUAGGUAUAAGAGACCUGAGGAAGUUUAAUGUGGCAUUGAUGGGAAAAUGGUUGGGUAGGCUAGCAAAUAUGGAAGAGGGCUUGUGGAAGAGUGUUAUUGAAGGAAAAUAUGGAGUAAUAGGGUGGCACUGGCUGGAAUGGGUGCGUGAUGGCAGGAACAUAGGAUCGUUAUGGUGGAGAGAUAUCCAAAGCCUCAAAACUGGGGAGGGGGUGAAUGUAAGAUGGUUGUGGGAGGGUUUUAGGUUAAAGAUAAGGGAAGGGAAAGGUAUUAGUUUCUGGUGGGAUGUGUGGUGUAGGAAGGAGUGUUUAGCUAACAAAUUUCCCAUAUUGUAUUCAUUGUUAACAAGGAAGGAUAAAGAAUGCCAUGAAAUGGGUAAUGUUGACCAAGGCAAAUGGAAAUGGAACCUGACAUGGAGAAGAAAUCUGUUUGUGGGGGAAGAAGAAGCAGCCAGAGAAAUGAAAAGGAAGACCGAAGAUGUGAAGAUCACACCAGGCCACCCUAAUAGAUGGGAAUGGAUCCACAGCAGGGAAAGCCAAUCCUCAACAAAAAGAGCAUACCAAAUGUUAUCAAUGCAAAGGAGGGAACUAGAAAGCUAAAAUAUUUAAAAGAGUGUGGAAUCCCAUCGCCCCAAGUAAAAUUGCUGUGUUUAA